AAAAAACAUGUAGCAUGGUAUGAGAAUAUCUUUAAUUUACGAAAUUGGGAAUAGAAAGUUACUUUUAAACGUCCAUUUUGACUAUUUUGUAAUAUAAGAAUAUGAACAAUGGGCAUUCGAGGUCUUACCACAUUUAUACAAAAUCGGGCUCAUCUCUAUUUGGAAAACUAUGAAUUGCAUGACACCAAUAUAGUUAUAGAUGGGAACUCAAUUGCUUGUCAACUAUACAAAUGGCAUACAUCUUCCUAUGAUUGUUUCGGAGGUGACUAUGACAAAUUUGGAAGAGCAAUACAUGAUUUUUUUGACUUACUCAAUCAAUGUAAUAUAACUCCUUAUGUUGUAUUGGAUGGAGGAUAUGAACAUCGAAAAGUUAAUACAGUGAUUGGUAGAAUGAAGAAAAAAAUUAGGUCAGCUAAUCAACUCAAUUGUGUAACUGAAACUUCUAUAUCAGUGUUCCCUUUAUUGGUUAAACAGACAUUUAGGGACGUUCUUGCUGAACGGAAGAUAAAGCAUGUUGGAUGUGAUUUUGAAGGGGACACUGAAACAUCGAAUAUAGCUAGAACAUUGAAUUGCCCAGUACUUAGUUUUGAUUCUGAUUACUUUAUAUUUGAUGUCUUAUACAUACCAUUUUCUACAUUCGAAAUGGCAGUUAAGAGGAGUAAAACAAGAAAUACCAAAACAAGUUAUAAAUAUAUAGCUUGUAAAGUAUAUAGAGUGGAGAAAUUUUUAAAAUCUUUUGAUGGUUUACAGAAAACUAGCCUUCCAGUGUUAGCAGUGUUAUUAGGUAAUGAUUAUGUUAAAAGGGGAGUCUUCACAAUGUUCUAUCAAAAUUUAAAAAUUCAAAAAUGCCGUGGAACCCAAAGUGAUCAGCAAAAACGAAUCAAAUCUUUGCUUGUCUGGCUACAAAAUGAAACUGUUGAAAGUGCUCUAAAGAAAGUGCUGAGCAGGUAUAAAAAAGGAAGAAGAAAUAUUAUAAUGUAUAAAAUUAAACAAGCUAUAAAAGGAUAUAAUUGUUUUGAUAGUAAAUAUCUGAAAUAUCUAGGAAUUGAGCCAAAGUUAGCUGAUAAGACAGAUGUUGACAUAGAUUUAGAAACCAUUAAUAAUAGUGUAGAAGAACCUGAGGAAUCUGAGUCACAUUCUGAGGUAGAAGAUUCCGGAGGAGAGUCGUCGUCACCUGAGGAAGAUGUUCUUUUUGUUGAAGAGAGCCCAGAAAUUGAUGUAUCUUCAAGAUUUUUAGAAAAGUUUAGACUAUGUAUAUAUCCACCUUGUUUUAUGGAUAUUUUAAUUCAAAAUAAAUAUUACUGUAUUCCCCAAGUAGAAAAUAAUGCUUUGGAACAUUCACACAAGAUAUGUUUUGAUAUAAUAAGUGCAAUUCACACAGUUUUGUCUAGUAAUAACGAAAAUUUAUUAUGUAUAGGAAGGAAAGGAGCUGAGGGUGUGGGAAAAGAAAAAGUACCAAUUUGUAACAUUAGUCUUCCAAGUUAUAAUGAAAUUGAAGCUUUAAGUAAAUCUGAAUCGAGGAAAUAUAUUUUUAAUAUUUUAGGUAUAGAUAAUUCUUAUGAAGAUUGUUUAAAGAUAUUUCCAGAUUCAUGGCACAUUCUUUUGUUAUCUCUUUACUACUAUUUUAAAAAGUCAACAACUUCUUUUGAGUGGCCUAUGGUUUAUGGAAUAAUAUUGUCAAAAUUAAUAUUGACCUGUGUUGAUAUAAAAUUGGAAACGUUUUGCAGAUCAAGUAAAGUGUUUUUUAAAAAGUUUGGAAAUUUUGUAAGUGAUAUUAAACAUAAUGAAAUAGUCGCUCAAGACGUGAAAGGUGCUCUAGAUACGAUUUCAAAAUCAGAUUCUAUACUCUGCUUAAAAGCUUUGAUUUCAUAUUUCGAAAUGGAUCACAAAAUGACCACGAAUUAUAAAUCUUUUGAUAGGAAUUUGGUGCAUUCAAUAUCAGAAUUUCAAAGUUGUGCCAUGCAUGUAGAAUAUCUGAACGUGCUAUUUGAUUGUCCUUUUUCCAAUUUUUGUAUUUCUAAAACCUUAAGUUGUACAUUUGUAUAUAAUAUUACUAAAAACCUUACCAAAAGGACGAACUUAGAUGAGUAUAUGAAACUUUUGUUAAAAGAUUCUGCAAGUGUUUUGUAUAGUUUGAAUUUUAUAGUUACUGCAAUAAAGAAUUAUAUACAAAUUGAGGCACCUCAGCAGGUUGUUAAGAAGAGGAGGAAAAAGAAAACAGCGAAGGAGGUGUAUGAAGAAGCUGAAAAAAUUGAAUUCGAUUCCGAUGGAGAAGUUGAAUUUGAUCCUAAUAACCAAUUUGCUUUAUUACGGAUAUGUUAAAAUAAAUUUUUAUAUAAAAC